AUGUCCAUUCCUCUUCAUCAAGUAGGACUAGGGGCCACUACUGAUGCUGUUCCUCCUCAUUCAGAGCCAUCAUCAUCUUCCUAUAAGCAACAUAUUAAUCUCUAUUCUCUCUCUAUUCUUACAAAACAAAAAGUAAUCCUUGGAGAUUUGGAUGUAUCGGCUCUUCAUCAUGUCAUUGAUCCAGGACAUAUUCAUGCGAAUCGUCUAGCCUCAUCUUACUCUUCUCUUUAUUUCAUUAAUCAUAAAAAGCUUUAUAAAAUUAAUUAUGAAUUACCAAAGAGUGAGAAUAUUCUUUGGAGACCAACAAAGAACACUAAAUUACCUUAUCCAAUUCCAUUAGCAGAUAUUAAUAUUCAAGUUAUUUAUGAUGCUGGAAAGAGUGAUUUUCAAGAUAUUGAAAUUCAUAAGAAUAGAAUUGGUGUGUGUGAUGAUAUGGGAAAUGUUUAUAUCUUUGACAAUCAACAUGAUGACAACCAUGACGAUGAUGACACUCAAGACAAGACUCAUUCAAAGAAAAAAAGAAAAAUUGAUGAAUCAUCCAUCAUUCAACUAUCGUAUGACUCUCCUUCAUCAUCAGAAAUGCAUAUUCGUGGACAUUCAAGCGUUAAAUUUCAUCCAACCGAUGAUUCUAUUAUUAUUCGAAGCAAAUUCGAGAAUAAGAAUGUGACUAUUUAUGAUGUGAAUAGAAAUAGUGCUAUUUUCAAUAUUCAUACCAUGCAAAAUCCAACCAAAUUAAAACCAUUCAUCAUUGAACAAUCCAAUACACCACUGUUAGCAAUUGGUGAAUACAAUAAUGUAUCUAUUUGGGAUUUUAGAAGUAAUAAGGUGGUGAAUCGAUUGACAAGAACAAGAGGAAUUGUUUAUGACAUGGAAGUGACAAGUAGUGGCAGCAAUGGUAAACACAAAUCAUCUAAUUUAUUAGGAGUAGUUGGAAGUGAUCGAACCGUUUAUGUUUAUGACACAUUGAAAUGGUCUCCAAUUCACAAAUGGCAAAAUUGUUUGAAAUAUGCUCCAUCUUAUUUAUCAUUUUCUAAUGUGAAUAAGGAAUUGUGUUAUGUGGCUGGAUUUGAUAAUAGUGAAUUCAAAUGUGGUAAUUUUGUGGAUCAAAAACAACAACGACAUGGAAGAGGACAUGGACUCUAUGCUGAUCAUCGAUGGAUUGGAAUGACAAAACCUUUGAAUGCUUUUAGUAGUGGUGAUGGUAGUGGUGGUAGUGAUGGUCAAAGUGAAUUCAAUUCAAUGAUGACGACGACGGCCAAUGACACCAUUGUGGGAAUGAGUAUGAAUGGCACAUUGUAUGUCAUUGAACAUCCUUACAAAAUGGCACCAAUGAGUGGUUUGCAGCAAUCGGAUCAUGAUGAUGACUUGACCGAUCGAGAGGCUAUAAGAGAUGAUGACCUUAUGGAUGAUUAA